ACCACGUUACAACCGCAUAAAGUAAGUCAAUCCGCAUUUUAUGUAUUUUCCUCGGUCCUCCGUAUUUUGUAAACCCCUCAAUGUUAACCCGCGCUGUUCAUAUGGUCCAAUACCGUGCCAGAUGUAAUCAGUGUUCCUAUUAAUUUACAGUUUACUGAUAAACUUUAAUAUCGAUCUCGUUUAUUGUAAUUGUGAAUCGUAUCCUUACUACAAAUUUAUUCAUCCAAGUUCUGAGUUUGUGCUUACUAAUUUGAUCUUAUUUAUUCGAGUGUCAAGUGUUCAAAUUCGCGAGUGUGAUUGUGAAAAGCUAUUGCAUUUCUAUUAUUUUGUCGUAUUUCUCUCAAAGUCUGUAAUUCGAAAACGUGUUACAUUUUUCAAUCCAAAACGUGCAAUAUCGUUGUUUGUAAAACGCUUAUCGUUUAUCCUUAUCGCUUCCGAGAUUGUUCUUCCCAACUUCCAAUCGGUUCGGUUCGGUACGCGCACGCUCCUAGAGAGAGCACGAAUAGGAGCAGCAACUGUCAGGGCCCUGUUUCACAAGGGUGCAAGCCCCAGAUGGCAAGCGGUGCUAGCGUCACAUUCACCUGGAGGGAGAACGAAUAGGAGCAACGUCAACCUGCGCAGACGUAUGGAGCCUUUACCUGUAGUCCUGUACAGGUUAGAAAGAGAGAGUGAGAGAGAGUGAGUAAGACAGGAGCGAGGAGCGUCAGAGAUCAAUAGCAGUCGGGAUGUCCGUUACCAUGGCAACCCCAUCCGCCCUUCCCAAGAUGGAGUCAUAGACCAGUCACACAAAUUCUGAAGGUUAAUCCUUAUCAAGGCGAAAGAUGGGGUGGACCAAUGUGGCAUUGGUCACAACUAGCAGCGUAUUGCUCAGCUCAUUGGUAUUUGUGACGGCAGCCUCGAAAAACCCGACCUACUUCAACAUCGGCGGCGUCCUCAGUAACAAUGUCAGCGAAUUUCACUUCCAGGAAACCAUCGCUCAUGUGAACUUCGACAGCCAUUAUGUGCCCAGAGGAACCACAUACUAUGUCACUGCAAUUCAGAUGGAUGCAAAUCCCAUAAGAACGGCGUUGAGUGUCUGCAAAUAUCUGAUUGCUCACAGGAGCAUUGUCCUGUAUGACCUUACGCUUUGGGGUGGAGCCACAGAUGUUUCACGAGUGUUACUCAUUCAGAAGAGGGCCCUGAGGAUCCUUUGUGGUGCUGAGCAUCUUGCCCAUUGUCGUCCCCUCUUUGUGAGAGAGAGAAUCCUCAUAGUCGUCUCCCUCUAUGUACUUCAGACCCUCUGCAGAACACAUGCAAAUGUGGGGGAGCUUGUAACAAGGCAGAAUUUUCACUCACAUGAGACUAGAGGGAGACAGAGGCUGGACGAGCCCUACCAAAGACUGAGCAGGACACGAUCGAGCUAUGGCCAUCUAUCUGUCAGGCUCUUCAACAAGCUGCCGGUGAUGGCUAGGAAUCUGCCUGCCAGCAAAUUUCGGAGGGUCCUGAGAGACUUAUUGUUGGAUAAUCCUUUGUACUCACUCCGUGAGUUUUUCAUGUUGGACAGCAGCUUGAGUCAAACUGCAGUUUUUCAGACUAUGUAAUACCAUGUUUGUAAGAAAAUAGCAAAAGUGGUCAUUGAUAGGCUUAGAGAUUUAUCACCAACAUCGAGACAAGAAAACAGACUUCAGGUAA